UAAAAAGAAUAAUGACGGGUAAUCGGGCAAAAAACAAUCGACCGAUGCCAGUGAGAUAGAUGUGGCUUUGGUUUGAGAAAUAGGAUAUAGAAGAGAACCGCCUGCGGCGAAGAUGGCGAAAUAUCCUGUGAACGUUGAAAAGGACCCCGUCCGUGGCAUCACGAUAGCCUCCACUAACACGUCGUCGGCGGAAUCCGCUCCCUGGAGUGUUCUUAUCAGGGACCUUCAGGCAAACGGCCAAGAACCAGCCACCUCAACGCGUUCGCCGACUUUGCCAGAAAUAAAAGAAAUUCACGGCCAGUCUAAAGAGAAAAAAAAACCCAAAAUGCCGAAUAUUAAAGUAUUCUCGGGCUCGUCCCACUGCGACCUCGCGCAGCGGAUCGUCGACCGAUUAGGUAUCAACCUCGGUAAGGUUGUGCUUAAGAAGUUCUCUAACCAGGAAACUUGUGUUGAGAUUGGUGAGUCGGUUCGAGGUGAAGAUGUAUAUAUUAUCCAGAGUGGUUGCGGAGAGGUGAAUGACAACUUGAUGGAACUACUUAUCAUGAUCAACGCAUGCAAAAUAGCUUCCGCAUCGCGAGUAUCUGCCGUUAUUCCAUGCUUCCCUUAUGCUCGUCAGGACAAGAAGGACAAGUCGCGCGCCCCAAUCUCGGCCAAGCUCGUUGCAAACAUGCUGUCGGUAGCUGGCGCCGAUCAUAUUAUCACAAUGGAUCUGCACGCUUCGCAGAUUCAAGGCUUCUUCGAUAUUCCGGUCGACAACUUAUACGCCGAACCUGCUGUACUUAAAUGGAUACGAGAAAACAUUCCUGAUUGGCGUAAUGCGAUCAUUGUGUCACCUGAUGCAGGUGGAGCAAAAAGGGUGACGUCUAUUGCUGAUCGUUUAAACGUUGAGUUCGCGUUGAUCCACAAAGAGCGUAAGAAGGCAAACGAAGUUGCAUCGAUGGUACUUGUCGGAGAUGUCCGCGAAAAGAUCGCGAUUCUCGUAGACGAUAUGGCUGAUACGUGCGGAACCGUCUGUCACGCCGCCAACAAACUGGUCGAAGCCGGCGCCCAGAAGGUUUACGCAAUCCUGACACAUGGCAUUUUUUCUGGACCUGCUAUUCAACGUAUUAACUCAGCUGCGUUUGAAGCUGUCGUUGUUACUAACUCGAUCCCGCAGGAUCAACAUAUGAAGGAUAGCGCAAAAGUUCAGUGUAUCGACGUGUCGAUGAUUUUGGCUGAGGCCAUCCGGAGAACACAUAACGGCGAGUCUGUCUCGUACCUGUUCAGCCAUGUACCGAUGUAAUUUCUAUGAACCGUUGUAUACGAAUAGCAGGAGUGGAAAAAAUCGCAGUUACGGCCCAAUAAAUUCCUCCGCUCAGAGAGACUUCUUUCGCAAGCAAGCAUCUCCGGCAUGAUAAACCCGACACGCUCUUUGGGAAACCGGAGUGCCAUUCGCAAUAUAAGCAAACAAUAAAUUACCAACCAGCCAAGUGGAGGAAUGAGUUUACAUUGUCGCGGUCUGUACAAAUUGGCAAAAAGAUAAUGUUGAGGUCCGCGGAAUUUGUUGUAAAUCUUGUAGAAGGCCAUUGCCACGCAACAAAUAUUCAAAGAGGCAUAAAUUUCAAAACACACACAAAAAUGAUAUAUAUACACACACGAACUAAUAUUGAUAUGCAUAUAUGUACUUAAGGGGAUACAAUUUAGGUAGUGAAUAAGAGAUUAGCUGACUACCGUGAUGAGAUGAAUUGACUAUGGAUAUAGAUAUAUGGGUGCAGGAGCCUAAACGACAUACUCCCUCUGGAUGUUAUGUAGCAUCAAUGUCAAAGCAUCUCUGGCUACUGAUUAGCAUUUGUUGAUCAGCAAUCGUCAUCUUUUUAACCAUACACUAAACUCUGUGCCGCCAACAUCUUGGUGCUUGAUUAACAAGCCUCAAUUAGCAUAGAGACUAUUGAUGCUGAAGGCUCGUAUAGGUGAGCUGUCCGUAUUCAAUCGGAUAUGAAUGAGAAGGAAAUUGUCUCAAAUCCUACGAUUUAAGACAGUCUGUAGUUUUAUUGCGAGAUCAAUGAACACUACUGAUUUUAAUUUUUU